AUGCCUCCGCUCAUCAGAGUGUCAUCUGUAGGCGACUAUGGAGUCAAUGGGCCUGACGCGCGUAAAAUUUUUGUGGCUCCUUGGUGGCCGCAUGACGCUCUCCAGGCGGGCAAGGUGAAAGCAAGCCGCAAGCAUUGCUCGCCAGUCACCUUGAAGACGUUUUGUGCAGUGACGUUGCGGUGGCUGGUAGUAUUCCGUGGCUCGUUACAGGGCUGGUCUGGAUUCGCAAAGGAAUGCUGUUCGAUCCGCGAAGAGCUUCCACGACUUGCCACGGUGAUGUAA